AUGCCUCCUCCGGCUAAGAAGGCCAGACUCGACCACAGAGACAUAUCCAACGUACUCCAUAAUGACCAGAUAGCCAACACCAAAGCCCUGCCGCAGCAGGCUACAUCGCAAGGGCCUCGUCGCGUCGUGGUUAGGACCAAACACCGACCUGUAGGUCGACAGAGUCGGCCGAAGCUCAGGAAAUUGGAGCAGAUGCCUCUGGACAUCCUCUAUGAAAUCUUCCAACACCUCUCUCCCCGCGACCUCCUCAACCUCGCGCGGACCAGCAAGGGCUUCCGAGCUGAACUCAUGCUGCGCAGUAACGCCUUCUUGUGGAAGGCAUCGCGGGCGUUGGCUGAGCUCCCUGCCCCUCCCGAAUGCAUGAGUGAACCCGCGUUUGCCAAUCUUCUCUUCUGUAACCACUGCCAUGGAUGCGGGAAGACUAGCCAAUCUCAGAUACUUUGGCCUAUCCCGGCUCGAUACUGUCGGGACUGCAGACAGUCAAAGCUGAGCAUUGACCCCUCCGUCAUCAGUGGUAUAAUGUCAGAAGCCGCUGUCCGUGUAGAGGAUGUCGUGCUCCAUACUCGAAUCAACGGAAAGGGUGCCGAGCUGUUCCAUGUACCUGAGCUGGGUUGUAUCGGGACGACAUGGGAAACUCUUCAAGAUAUCGACACAAAGCGUCAGUUCAUCAAGGAACGCACUGAGACAGCGGUACUGUGGAACGAGCUUGCACCAAGGCUCGCCAGGUGGCUAAGGGACUACCAGAGACUACUGGAUGCAGACAAAGAUGUGCUUAUGAAGAAACGUUGUGUUGCCGCCAUGGCGAAGUUACGCGCAGACGGCUGGGACAACGAGAUAGACAUGAUGACUUGGGGUAACCUGGUCAGGUUAUCGAAUUUGAAACAGCUGGCUUCGAAAGCUGAGUUGACCGACAAAAGCUGGAGAGACACACGUAGUGAAGUCAUACAGUUCAUGUCUCGGUUCCGUCGCCCGUCGGCACCCGUUAACGAAUACCGGGACCGAGUACGCUCGCGGCUUCGGCUCCUAGACCGCGCGCUGUGGGACUACCGGCGUUCGAAGAGGCCAGAGAACGCGGAGUACGAGACGGAGUGUGGCAUCCGGUUCGGCGACCUAGCUGCCACGAAAGAGGUACAAGCGCUGCUGGAAGAUCAGUCCUCCGACCUCACGCGGGAUGUCAUCCUCACUCGGCUGGAGCACAUGAUCCCAUCCCUGGCAGAUACCUGGUUCGAGCAGUGCAAGUCCUCGCACCUCUCCAUCGCGCAAGCCGGUCUGGAGGCUGCUGGUGUCGCAGCGGUGGGCGAGCCUCUCAACCUCGCGAUCGUGUCUUUCCAGUGCCUUGCUGAACCACGGUGUCGUAUGGAACUCAACUUACGUUGGCCGCAGACCCUCAGCCACGACUGUUUCCGCGAUGCGAACCUUGUUGAUGGCCCUCCGCCUCGUGCGAACAAGUACGAAGAAGAGGUUUGGAAAUACCUCCAGGAACUGGGUUGGGACCAUGCGAAGUGGACGAUACGCAGACGCUUCCAAGCCGACGCCCUAAAGUUCGCUAAGGGCAUUGAGGAUAGGAGCCAGAUCGUCUCUUUGUGCGGGCUGGAUCCGACCACUGCAACGGUGCAGGACAUGAACAACCAAGGUGCUCGCUUUGUCUGCAGCAUCUGUUCGAGCCCCGAAACCGGGCGGGUAAUUUGUGACUGGACCCGCAUGUUACGCCAUGAGAAGACGGAUGAAAACGGGUUUCAUCGGCAACGAAAGGACGCUCUCGGGAACCACUGGGUUCGGCUGCCAGACCAGCUCGCCGCACAGGCUAGAUCGCUGGAGUCUACGGUGACAUGGAAGGAAUAUACGUGUAUAUGGUGUCACCACUCUACCGAGAUAACCGGAAUUCGUCAACACCUCCAGCUUCGACACGAGAAGGCGGAGCCAAAGCUUGGCGUGGACUACUAUUGCUGCGAGCAGAGGAUCAGAGAGGUCUCCAUAUAUCCUGAGAGCCUGCUGCAGGACCCGGAGGCCCAAGCAACGGUCCGUGAGGGACGAGGGUUCUUUGCGAGGUUCUGA